UUGGAAGUGUAGCUGUGGAAGACCAGCCAGAUGUCAGUGCUGUCUUGUCUGCCUACAACCAACAAGGAGACCCUACAAUGUAUGAAGAAUACUAUAGUGGACUGAAACACUUCAUUGAAUGUUCUCUGGACUGCCAUCGAGCAGAAUUAUCCCAACUCUUUUAUCCUCUGUUUGUACACAUGUACUUGGAGCUAGUUUAUAAUCAACAUGAAAAUGAAGCAAAAUCAUUCUUUGAGAAGUUCCAUGGAGAUCAGGAAUGUUAUUACCAGGAUGACCUACGAGUAUUAUCUAGUCUUACCAAAAAGGAGCACAUGAAAGGGAAUGAAACCAUGCUGGAUUUUCGAACAAGUAAAUUUGUUCUUCGUAUUUCCCGUGACUCGUACCAACUCUUGAAGCGGCAUCUUCAGGAGAAACAGAACAAUCAGAUAUGGAACAUAGUUCAGGAGCACCUGUACAUUGACAUCUUUGAUGGGAUGCCUCGUAGUAAGCAACAGAUAGACGCGAUGGUGGGAAGUCUGGCAGGAGAGGCUAAACGAGAAGCAAACAAAUCAAAGGUAUUUUUUGGCUUAUUAAAAGAACCAGAAAUUGAGGUGCCUUUGGAUGAUGAGGAUGAAGAAGGAGAAAAUGAAGAAGGAAAACCUAAAAAGAAGAAGCCUAAAAAGGAUAGCAUUGGAUCUAAAAGCAAAAAACAAGAUCCCAAUGCCCCACCGCAAAACAGAAUUCCUCUUCCUGAGUUGAAAGAUUCAGACAAACUGGACAAAAUAAUGAAUAUGAAAGAGACCACCAAACGAGUUCGCCUUGGGCCAGACUGUUUACCUUCCAUUUGUUUUUAUACAUUCCUUAAUGCUUACCAGGGCCUCACUGCAGUGGAUGUCACAGAUGAUUCCAGUCUGAUCGCUGGAGGUUUUGCAGAUUCUACUGUCAGAGUGUGGUCUGUGACACCCAAAAAGCUUCGUAGUGUCAAACAAGCAUCAGAUCUUAGUCUUAUAGACAAAGAAUCAGAUGAUGUCUUGGAAAGAAUCAUGGACGAGAAAACUGCGAGUGAGUUGAAGAUUUUGUAUGGUCACAGUGGGCCUGUCUAUGGAGCCAGCUUCAGUCCCGACAGGAACUAUCUGCUCUCCUCUUCAGAGGAUGGAACUGUCAGACUCUGGAGCCUUCAGACGUUUACUUGCUUGGUGGGAUAUAAAGGACACAACUACCCAGUAUGGGACACCCAGUUUUCUCCAUACGGAUAUUAUUUUGUGUCAGGAGGCCAUGACCGAGUAGCUCGGCUUUGGGCUACAGAUCACUAUCAGCCUUUAAGGAUAUUUGCUGGACAUCUUGCUGAUGUGAAUUGCACUAGAUUUCACCCAAAUUCCAACUAUGUUGCUACGGGCUCUGCAGACAGAACUGUACGGCUCUGGGAUGUCCUCAAUGGUAAUUGCGUAAGGAUCUUCACUGGACACAAGGGACCAAUUCAUUCCUUGACAUUUUCUCCCAAUGGGAGAUUCCUGGCUACAGGAGCAACAGAUGGCAGAGUACUUCUUUGGGAUAUUGGACAUGGCUUGAUGGUUGGAGAAUUAAAAGGCCAUACUGAUACAGUGUGUUCUCUUAGAUUUAGUAGAGAUGGUGAAAUUUUGGCAUCAGGUUCAAUGGAUAAUACAGUCCGGUUAUGGGAUGCCAUCAAAGCAUUUGAAGAUUUAGAGACUGAUGACUUUACUACAGCCACGGGGCAUAUAAAUCUACCUGAGAAUUCCCAGGAGUUAUUAUUGGGUACAUAUAUGACCAAAUCAACACCAGUUGUACAUCUACAUUUUACUCGAAGAAACUUGGUUCUAGCUGCAGGAGCUUACAGUCCGCAAUAAACCAGCGGUAUUAGAGACCUUUUGGAAGCUACUGUUUGGAAAAGGGAGACUUAAAGCAAAUACCUCAGUGAUUAGUAUUUAAGCUACAAAGAAUGUUUUUGUCUACAUGGAUCUGGGAGUAUGCUGCUUGGAAAAUCUGAACAGGACAGUUCCACGUUUCUAUAGCAACCACAUUUAACUAAUUUCCGUUAGUUGAAUAAGAGGUAUUAUGUUCAUGGAGGGGACAUUUAUGGUGCUUUGGAUUGUGUGGAAACUAUGCAUUUUUCUGUUCAAAUGUUAUUUUAAUUUAUUAUGUUUAGAAAGGAAAACAAUUUGAUUUAAGCAAUUUAUUCUGCUUCAAGAUUCAAGAAAUAUAGUACCAUCUUGAGUAGCUAAAGAGUUCUAUGAGCAUGUGUGUGUCUGCUGUAAAACGAAGUUACUGUAUGGCACGCAAACACUGUGUUAAACCACCCACUAACAUGCUUUCCUUCACCCAUGACUAGUGGAAUGUAUGGGACUACAGUCCCUAAGAUCUAUAAGUACCAACCAUCCACCGACAUCUCAAUUCCUACCUUGUAAGUUCUGAGUGCGACCACUCUACAAGCCAGGUGACAAGACUUAGACACCACACUCUAUGUCAGCUGACAUGGCUACAUACGCCCUAGUACACUUGAAGUCAGACAGACAUUUCAGUUGCUUACCUCCAGUGCUGAGCCUUGCUUUGAAAAACUAAGAGAUUUAGACCAAGUCACUGCCAGUUUUUGCCUUUGUUGGAUUUUGUACAGUUUUAUAUUUUUGAUAUCUUGUAAAUAAAGACAACCAGCUUUUCCAGGUU